AUUUGCCUGUGAAAGAAUCAAAAAUCAAUGUUAAUAAUCAAUCAUCAAUCAUCAAAUAAAGUACGAAAUUCUUACCUGAAGUUUGACCUUGGUCAUGCGUAUGAAUCAGAGUAUUGUUGUGGCCCCCCACAAUGCUGUCUUUGUAAAUGGUGAACUUUUCUGCAGCACUCCCAGCAAGUUUAUUUGGCUGUAUAUUUUGAUAUUUGGAUCUACUUUAUAUGGCUUCAAUCGAAAGGAUCAGGGAACGGUGCGACAAUGAAACUGGGUUUGCUUAAGAGUGAUCAAUGAUGUUGUUGUUGUUUUUUAGC